CAAGAAUGUUCAGGACAACUGUUUGGAUAUUUAUUCUUUUUCAUCUAACAGAUACAAUCUUGGCAAAUAAUGAUGUGAUCGGUACAGACUGUAUAAAGCCAUUCGACAUCUACUUCGCCAUCGACGGAUCAGAUAGCAUUUCUUAUAAAGAUUACCAGUUAUUAAAGAAAUCCAUAUUUGAUCUUGUGGACCAGCUGAAUAUUGGUGAAGGAAAUGGUCGGAUGGGUAUGCUUGUAUACAGUAGUUCUUUAGCUACAAUGGUGGAACCGUCCUUUGAUAGGGAUUACCUUAAAGAGCACGCCAUGAAUUUACCCCAUCCUCAAGAGGGUACUAAUACUGCUCUCGGAAUCAGAACCAUGACAGAAAUCUUCCAAGUGGCGAACCGAACUGGGGUCCCACAAAUAGGAGUUGUCAUUACUGACGGUAGAUCAAAAACGCCCGAAGAGGCAGCAAGGGAGGCAAGAAUAGCCAAAGACAUAGGAAUAAAUAUGUACUCAGUUGGAGUAACAGAAAACAUAGAUAUAGAUGAGCUCAAAAGCAUUGCUUCCUCUAAGGCAAAUGUCCUUUCGGUUCAGUCGUUCGGCCAAUUAGCUUCCAGAAUACAAGAUGUUGUGCAGCUUGUGUGUCCAACUACCACCACCACUACCACCACCACCCCUGCACCAACCACUACAACCAUCCCAACCACCACACCAGAGGGCGCCACUCCUCCUAUGCCACCAACAAUGGCGCCUACAAAGGGACCAUGUGACGAUUGCAAGAUGUUAAAUGGAAUCGGCUUCAACCCUCACCCCGAUAACUGUGAUAAAUUUACUCAAUGUUAUUUCGGACCAAACGGACAAGUUCGUAUGGCAUACCGACAGUGUCCGUUUGGUCAAUACUGGGACCAGAGUGUACUCACUUGUCGACCAUCAGAACAAGUUCCAUGUCAGAAAGAUAAAUGUGGUAAACCGCGAAUCACGUCGUAUGCGUACAGCAAUACAGGAAACUGCAGGGCGCAUUGGGCUUGUAAUUUUGGAAAGGCAACAGCGACAUGUUGUCUAGAGGGUUUUCGAUACGUUCCAUACGUAGGCUGCAAAAAAGACCCGAAAUGUACCGAUCCAUGCCCACCAACGUUUCAACAAGAAGGUCCUUGUGACACUAGGAUGAUCUUUAAUGAACCCAGAUAUUUCGAGCAAUUUGUCAACGGCUUAGGAUGGUUAAAAAUGCCUUGUGCUCCUGGAACCCAGUAUGAUCCAAACACCUGUCAAUGUUCUCUACAUGCUUCCUUUUUACCUGGAAAAGAGUGCAAAGCAGAACUAUUCAUACCAUUUAGCAAUGAUGCCAAAGAUUAUUCCGGAAAGAACGUUUAUGUGGAAAAUCAAGGUGUAAGAAUCCUUGGAAACGGUUUGGGGUAUUUCAAUGGAUCCGCUCGUCUCAUCAUCAAUCGCUUUGCUAACAUCGAUUUUUACUCUGACUUAGUGGUCAAAAUGAGAUAUUUAGACGACCCAAGGUCAUCCGGACUUCAUGCUUUGUUCAGCAAUGGCGACUGUUGCGAUAAUCCAGCUACAAUGUUGUUACUGAAAAGUAGAGACAAUCUUCACUUCAUGGCUAAAACAGAAGUGAAGAUGAAGAAUGAGACGAUAGACCGGGUGACUACAUUUCACCUUCCAGCUAAACGUGGAAAUUGGAAUGAAGUCUACUACAUGCAUGAUACAAAGUCUCUUGAGGGCAAAGUAAAUGGAAUAGGAAUGGAAACCUGGGCUUAUGGACCCAUCAAACGAUCCAGGGCCGCUUUACAUAUCGGCUAUGGCAGGGGACUCCAGAACUUCAGGGGAUAUAUGGAUUACGUAACCGUGUUUCUUUGUAGGCCUCGCUACCUUAGCACCCUUUGUAGUGGUGACAAAGACUGUCAAAGCUUCUUGUUUAACGGCGAAACAAAGCAGGUACAACUGUUAUCAACCAUCGAAAGUCCAGGCAGUCCAUCUGGUUGGAAUGUGAACUGGAGGUACUUUGCUAGGAAAAUUGAGCCUCGAGUAUGUGACGCAGGAUGGGAGAAAUUUGGACAGUCAUGCUAUUUGUUCAGCCUCUCAUAUGGCAGUUGGAAUAACGGAAAGGCUUUUUGUGAGGGACAGGGAGGGUACUUGGUUGAAUUAACCAGCUUGGAGGAGGAUACAUUUGUAAGAGAUUAUGUCAGAAACAGGGGAUUAACGGCUUUUGAAACCCGCGACAGUUGGAUUGGAGGAACAGAUGUAGCAUCAGAGGGCUCAUUCGUUUGGUCUGAAAGUGGACAACCCAUAACGUACAAUAAUUGGGGUCCUAAUAACCCGGAUAACGGCGGUGGAAAUCAACAUUGCCUAAUACUGUUCCAACCUUCAGACUACAAGUGGCACGAUACACAGUGCACAAACACAAAUUCUUAUAUUUGCGAAAAUUAAACACUAUUAUUAGUUACUGUGGAAUCAUCAUUGUUCGUGGGGGACCAAUGUUCGCGGAUUUCGUGGGUCAUCCCUACCCAC